AUGGCUUCACAAGCUCCCAACCAGCCGCGCCCCUACCCAGGCAGUUACCUUCCGAAUGGCGGCGGCCCCGGCGGCCCCUCGGGUCCAGCACCUGGCGCCGUUCCGCUGCUCCCUAACCAGGGCCGCGUGAUCCAGCAAGGAAGCGUGCGAGUUCUCUGCAUUGCCGAUGUGCGAGGAAACCUGCAAUCGCUGAACCAGCUCGCUGCCGAUGCCCGCGCAAACUACAUCAUCCACACUGGCGACUUUGGCUUCUACGACGACCGCUCGCUGGAUCGCAUCGCCGAGAAGACGCUGAAGCACGUUGCGCAAUACUCGCCGCUUCUCUCAGACACGGUCAAGCGCUCCAUUGCCUCAGCACCGCCGCAACCCCCCAUCAAGGAGCGCUUCGCACGGGAGCACCUGCCCCUCUCGGAGCUGCCCCUCUUCCUCAACAAGACGUUUACACUCAAUGUGCCUGUAUACACGGUGUGGGGAGCGUGUGAGGAUGUCCAGGUUCUCGAGAAGCUGCGGUCGGGCGAAUACAAGGUGGACAACCUGCACAUCAUCGACGAGGCGCAUUCACGGCUACUCGACAUUGGCGGUGUCAAGCUGCGACUACUCGGUCUUGGCGGUGCCGUCGUCAUGCACAAGCUGUUCGACAAUGGCGAGGGCCGGACCACCAUUGCUGGUGGACAAGGCACCAUGUGGACUACUCUGCUGCAAAUGGGCGAACUUGUCGACACAGCGAACCGCGUAUACGACCCGACCGAGACUCGCAUAUUCGUCACCCACGCCUCACCUGCGCGUGAAGGCCUCCUCAAUCAGCUGUCUGUCACGCUCAAGGCAGACUUCUCCAUCUCCGCCGGUCUUCAUUUUCGCUACGGCAGUUCAUACAAUGAGUUUAGCGUCAACCCCACCUUGGACCACUACCGCGGAAAGCUCGCUGCUUCGAAAGCCUCGUUCAACGACGUGUGGGAUACAGUCAAGACAGAAGUCGAGCCCGCCGUCGCCGACAGCGAGUCCCAGCAGCGCCUGCUUGCUCUCGCCCUCGAUAUCGUGAACAAGAUGCCCACAGUGGCUAACGGUGGCAAUCCCUUUGGUGGUCCUGCUCCGGGUCCCCAGAGCGGCGUCAUCGACGAAAGUGCAUUCAAGAACAUGUGGAACUUCAACCUAGCAGAUGCUGCUUACGGUUGGCUUGUUCUAGACAUCGACAAUGGCAGAAUCGGUACGGAGAUGCGCGCCCAGGGCUUCAACUUUGCUCAUCGCGGCGGCAAGGCCGCGCCUGGACAGGCCCAGCCUGCGGCUGCAACCACUUCAACGGGCCCACCAACAGCUGUAACUCCUAACCCCUCUGCUCAGCCAUCUCCUGCCCCAGGACGCCAGGGUGGUCCUCCAGCGAACGCCUCCCAGCAGCCUCGCCCUGCGGUCGCUACCCCGCCUGUUCCUCAGCAGCAGAAGCCAACUAAUGCGGGUCAGCCCGCACGUGCUGCUACGCCCAAGGAGCCAAUCAAGGCCGCUACCCCACAACCCCCGGGCAACAACGCUCCCGCCAAUGCUGGUGCUGAGAAGUCCAUUCCUAGUGAAGUCAAGCCCAAUGGCACCUCGGCUCCAGAGAAAGCCACAUCGCCAGCACCUAGGGAACCCGUGGAGCGGAAAGAGAGCAAGGGACUGUUCAUCGCUGGCGUGAAGGACGAAGAGGAAGCCAAGAGCCUCCUUGCGGAGGAGGAUCGAUCCAAGAUCGAAAAGAUGGAGAAGAUUAAGCAUUUCUUCAUCGCACACUUUGCUACAUCGCAAGACAUGCAUGGUGCUCUUCGCCGCGUUGCCGAUGACGUCAGGAACGCUAGAGGAGGCCCGGACAACAAGACUGUCAAGAUCUACAACGAACGUGGCCCCAGCAACAACCAGCCCAGGUACGGUGCCGGCAACUGGCAGGCUAGCAACCGGGGUGGUGUUCAAGGCGGAGGUUACCGCAGUGGAGGGGCCUCGGACAGCGAAGGUGGUCGCGGCGGCCGUGGUGGCCGUGGCGGCUCUACCCGUGGCGGACGAGGCGGUGAGCGAGGCUCUCGUGGAGGCCGAGGUGGAAGGGGAUCGUUCAGGGGCGGUGCAGGUGAGGGUGCAGCAGCAUCCACGGGAGGCGAGUCGUAA